AUGACGGGCUCGAGGAUUUGGGGUGCUUUAGGCAGGCUGGUGCUGCUCCCUCUUCUCGCGUCAGGCGCCUUAAUGUUCGUCCUGGUGCCAGCUUCCUUUGCACAUCCACAACCGUGUCAGAUUCUGAAAAGGAUUGGACACACGGUCAGAGUCGGGGCCCUACACCUUCAGCCCCGUGUUUUCAGCCAACAUGCCUGGAAGAUCAAAGGUUUAGACGAGGAAUGGGAUACUAACCGAGAAAGAGAGGAAAAGGAGUUGGAAAUAAUCACCCAAAGUGUAAAUGAACACGUUGCACGGGGUAUUAGGACUAAAGGAUCAGUGACUAAUCAGCAAAGGGGUGCAAAAAGUAAAAAUGCGUUCAAACAAGUGGAGAGCGAAAGGAUAUUUUCACCUAGAGACUCUAUUCUACUUGCUACAGAUAACCUUAACCGAAUGACAGGUAUUUUACCUUACAACUUGUCUCUGGAGGUGGUGAUGGCUGUUGAAACAGGACUUGGGGAACUGCCAGCUUUUUCGUUUGCAUCCUCUUCCACAACUGUAUGCGCUGAUCCUGUGUCGUUUCUACAAAGUGUUUGCCAUACUGUCAUUGUUCAGGGAGUUGCUGCUAUAAUUGCAUUUCCUCAAAACAGAGAUGAAUUAGUGAAGUUGGAAUUCCUUUCGUCUUCGCUUCAUAUUCCCGCUAUUAGUAUUGUCCAGAGCAAGUUCAAACGGCGGAGUAAGAAUCCUCUUCAUUUCCAGAUGGCCAUGCAGAAUCCUCCUACUCCAGAGGCAGACCUCAUCUUCUCCCUUCUGUCCAUGAAUAAUUGGUAUGAUGUCAGCCUGCUGAUGUGUCGAGAAUUGAACAUUUCUGACUUCAACUUCCUCCUGCGUAACAACUCUAGAUUUCACCUGGGAUCAGUUGUCAACAUCUCCACAAACAGCAGUUCCAAAAGCCACUUCCAGAUCUCCCUACAGGGACACCUCGAGUCUAUCAAGGACUCUACAUCCACUAUAGUGACAUUUGGAUGUGAUAUCAGGGACAUUAAAAGGAUUUUUGCCGCUGUAACAAAGUUUGGUUUAAUGCUACCUGACUAUCACUGGAUUUUAGGAGACUCUCAAAAUGUCGAGGAGUUGAGGACAGAAGGGUUACCGAUGGGCCUUUUGGCACAUGGGCGUAUGAGUGAGCCCCCUCUGGACCAUUAUGUACAGGAUGCUCUGGAGCUGGUGGCCAGAGCUGUGGGGUCAGCUGCCAUUGUAUCCCCAGAGCUCGCCCUCAUUCCCAGCACAACCAACUGUAUGAACAUCGAGGAGAGAAACCUGACAUCAGGAAAAUAUCUGUCCAGAUUCUUGGCAAACACAUCGUUUGAUGGUCUAAGUGGCUACAUCAAGAUGCAAGAAGAGUCUGUGAUCACCUCUGAAAGCCAUCAUUUUAUUUGGAAUCUGCAACACGAUCCCAUUGGCAACCCUAUGUGGACCCGUCUGGGGAGCUGGAAGCAAGGCAAAGUGGUGAUGGACUAUGGCGUAUGGCCCAACAAGAGACAGUCCCAUCAGGGAGGUGACUGGCGGCAUUCCUCCCGGCUGCACUUGCGCGUGGUUACAUUAGUUGAGCAUCCCUUUGUGUUCACUCGUGAGGUGGAUGAGGAUGGCCUGUGCCCAGCCGGACAGCUGUGUCUGGACCCUUUAACCAACAAUACAGCCGUCCUGGAGAGCCUCUUUCAGAGCCUGCAGGGUCUCAAUGACACUGUCCCCAUGGAUCUCAAGAAAUGUUGUUAUGGCUACUGUAUCGACCUGCUAGAAAAACUUGCAGAAGACAUGGGCUUUGACUUUGAUUUGUACAUUGUGGGGGAUGGCAAAUAUGGUGCUUAUAAGAAUGGUCGUUGGACUGGGCUGGUGGGGGAUCUGAUGAGUGGGGCAGCACACCUGGCAGUGACCUCCUUUAGUAUCAACUCUGCCCGUAGUCAGGUGAUCGACUUUACCAGCCCCUUUUUCUCCACCAGCCUGGGCAUCCUGGUGAGGACAAGAGAUACAGCUGCCCCUAUUGGAGCUUUCAUGUGGCCUUUACACUGGAGCAUGUGGCUUGGAAUCUUCGUGUCACUGCAUGUCACAGCUGUGUUCCUAACGUUGUAUGAAUGGAAGAGCCCCUUUGGGAUGACCCCAAAAGGCAGGAACAGGGACAGGGUCUUCUCUUUCUCUUCAGCUCUGAAUGUUUGCUAUGCCAUCCUUUUUGGCAGAACAGCAGCCAUCAAGCCGCCUAAGUGCUGGACAGGCCGAUUCCUCAUGAACCUCUGGGCCAUCUUCUGCCUGUUCUGCCUGUCCACCUACACAGCUAACCUAGCUGCUGUGAUGGUUGGAGAGAAAACCUAUGAGCAACUCUCAGGUAUACAUGAUCCCAAGCUUCAUCAUCCAUCACAAGGUUUCCGCUUUGGGACUGUUAGGGAGAGCAGUGCAGAAGACUAUGUGAAAAAAAGCUUCCCAGAGAUGCAUGAGUACAUGAGAAGAUAUAACGUCCCAACAACCCCUGAUGGGAUAGACCAUCUUAAAGAUGAUCCUCAAAAACUAGAUGCUUUCAUCAUGGACAAAGCCCUCUUAGACUAUGAAGUGUCUAUUGACGCUGACUGCAAGACUCUUACCGUAGGGAAGCCAUUUGCAAUUGAAGGUUAUGGCAUUGGCCUUAAACAGAACUCCCCUCUGACCUCAAACAUCUCAGAGCUGGUUAGUCAGUACAAGUCCGAUGGCUUUAUGGACAUGCUGCAUGAUAAGUGGUAUAAAGUGGUGCCCUGUGGCAAAAGAAGUUUUGCUGUCACAGAGACCUUACAGAUGGGGAUCAAACACUUCUCAGGGUUAUUUGUAAUGCUGUGUGUAGGAGUGGCUCUGUCUCUGCUGACCACUGUUGGUGAGCACAUAGUCCAUCGCUGGGUGAUUCCCAAAAUCAAGAAAAAACCACAGUACAAGUACUGGCUUCACACAAGUCAAAGAUUACAUCGAGCACUUAACUCCUCCUUCAGUGAAGAUAAAUUACCAACGGUUGCAAAGUCAGAGAAGAGAUGCAAUGUGGAUAACAACCAACCAGUGCCAUGGAGCACCUCGGACACCUUCAACUGCAACAGACGAAAAUUUCUGAAUCAAGAAGGACAGCAGAAUGAUCUAGAAUGUAACCAGUGCAAAGAUCCUCCUCAGGUGAAAAGGCAGCUUCCUCUGCAGGCCACUUCCAAUGGGAAAACAGACAUGCUGGGUUCUGCACGGAACCCUAUUGUGCAGGAGCUGUCAGAUUUGGAGACACAAAUCCAGAUCAUCAAACAGCAGCUGCAGCUGGCCCUGAAGAAAAAACAAGAACUGGAGCAGUACCAGCAAACAAAAAUAACAACUCAGCCCUAG